GCAAGGCCUAUGCUCUACGGGUAGAUAGUUUGUUUAGCAAAGCCUCUGUCGGCGCACGCGACGCUCUAACGAUUGCGAAACGUUUGAACGAACCGAAUACUACAUUUUGUUAAAUCAAAGUGUGUUUAUAAUAUUUUUGUGGAGUGUCUUUUUACGAAGCAACAUGAGGCAAUCAAGUAUAAUAAUAUUAACAGUACUUAUAGUACAGGCCUACUCGGCUCCGCAGUUUAUUACCUUCAGUGAAGGGAAAUUGGGGGUCAACUUUGGUGGAUACCACGCUGGCGUGGGCCUUGGAGGGUUAGCUGGUGGAAAUGGUCGUACGGGAGGAGGUUUAUAUGCUGAAGCUGGUACUCCCAAUGGGCCAGCAGCCAGGGCUGGACUGGGAGGAGCUGUCGACGGCAACAGUGGUACCUUUGGUGGACUGUUUGCCGGCGCCACAGCUGGUGGAAACGUGAAUGCUGCUGCAGGUCUCGGAGGAGCAGUCAGCGGUGGAAAGUCAGUUGGAGGAGGUUUCUCCACUGCAAAUGCUGGAGGCCACGGUUCUUCCUCCGUCCUGGGUGGCGAAACUGACGUGUCAGGAGAAUCAGGAUUUUCAGUCUCUGCCCACAAAUCUGUAGGAGUACCAUUAACAGUGGUAAAAGAAACUGAAGUUUCAGUUGUACCUGUAGAAGAAGUUAAAACAGUACACAAGAAAGUUUAUGGAGAAGCGAAAUUCGAAUCUGCUAAUGAAAUCACACCAGUUGCAAAUGCUGGCGUUGAAGCUACAGCUCAUGUAAAUGUGAACGCUGACGUGAAGCCAGUCAUUGUCAAAGAAGUGAGUAAAUGGAAAGGUCCCCACUAUCGCACGCAUAAAAUUCCUCAAGUUUUUUUUCCAGAUAUUAUGAGUUCGUUCUUUAGGAUCCCACAGAGAAGUUAUGUUCAACCGAUGUGGUUGCGUCCACUAAGUUCUUAUGUUCAUCAGGUACACGUUGAACCCACACCAACAGAAGUGAUCACAAUUCGCAAACACAAGCCUCACAGACAUCACCUUCACAAAACAGUCUUCAUCGGUGGUUACGCUGGUGCUGGUGGAGAAGUAGCUGCCCCAGAAACCAAAGUUAAGGAAACAGUGGUAUACAAAACCGUUCAGCCUAUACAAAAGAGGAUAGAUAUCGAAGCACAUGGUGAUGCUGGAGCCUCCGUCCAUGGGGAACAUGGGCAUGGUCAAGAUGUUUCGUAUAGAAAGGAGGUUGUUGUCAGUGCUCAAAAGCCAAGCACUUUCUUCCAGGAUAUUUUCAAUAUCCCAAUCUCAACUUUGAAGGCAGUGAGCGGAUUUCUGACUAACACAGCAGAAAACACCGGUGUGACAGUACACAAGUCAGCUUCAGUCCAAGCAGGUGGUCACGCUGAUGUAUCCGGUGGUGCCGGCUUUUACGGCCAUUCCGGUUAUUCCAGCUACUAUUAAAAAUAACAAUAUUUUUAGUACUUUAGCAAAUAAGUUUUGUACAACUACAACCAGUGAAGGACCGAAAAAAAUUGUGGUGUAGACUUUUUUUUGGAAAA